UUGAGAUCUCUGGAUUUUUCUUCCCCCUCUUCUGCAGAGACUCCUCUGGACAAAUGAGAAAUGAUGUGAGGGACCAGAUAGUGGCGGUCUUAGAAGCAGAAGUGGAGAAUGGCUCUUGAGAAGGUUGUCCUGGCUCAACUUCUCAAUUCUUACAAUAGAUAACUUUGAGGAGAAGAAUCCCUGGGACCCUGAGUCCCACCUGGUCACUCACCUUGCGAAGGCUUUGGAUGCAUCAGGAUCAGGGGCAGCUCCACACCGACAUCACUGCAAGGAUCCCAAGGGGGACCAUGGCCAAUGCAGAGUCCUCGUUGCCCACAACCCUAGGCCUCAGCACAGAUCCUGACACAAGUGAGGUGGAGCUGGACUGCCGGUUUGACGAGGAGUUCAAGUUCAUCCUGCUGCCCGUGAGCUAUGCGAUUGUCUUUGUGCUGGGCCUAGGCCUCAAUGCCCCGACCCUCUGGCUCUUCCUCUUUCGCCUCCGACCCUGGGAUGCAACAGCCACCUACAUGUUCCACCUGGCCUUGUCAGACACUUUGUAUGUGCUGUCGCUGCCCACCCUCAUCUACUAUUAUGCGGCCCGCAACCACUGGCCCUUUGGCACUGGGCUCUGCAAAUUUAUCUGCUUUCUCUUCUGUUGGAACCUCUACUGCAGUGUCUUUUUCCUCACCUGCAUCAGUGUGCAUCGCUACCUGGGGAUCUGCCACCCACUGCGGGCACUACGCUGGGGCCACCCGCACCUUGCAAGCCUUCUUUGCCUGGCAGUUUGGUUGGUCGUAGCUGGCUGCCUUGUACCCAACCUGUUCUUUGUCACAACCAGCACCAAGGAGGACACCAUCCUGUGCCAUGAUACCACUUGGCCUGAGGAAUUUGACCACUAUGUACACUUCAGCUCAGCAAUCAUGGGGCUGCACUUUGGCGUGCCCUGCCUGGUUACUCUCGUCUGCUAUGGGCUCCUGGCCCGGCGCCUGUAUCGGCCCUUGCCAGGGGCUGCCCAGUCGUCUUCUCGUCUGUGUUCUCUCCGCACCAUCGCUGUGGUGCUGACUGUCUUUGCUGUCUGCUUCAUGCCUUUCCACAUCACCCGCACCAUUUAUUACAUGGCAAGGCUGUUGGAAGCUGACUGCCGGGUGCUGAACAUUGUCAACGUGGUUUACAAAGGGACUCGGCCCCUGGCCAGUGCCAACAGCUGCCUGGAUCCUGUGCUCUACCUGCUCACUGGGGCCAAGUAUCGACCUCAGCUCUGGCAGCUCUGCAGUAAUGGCGGGCCCCAGCCCCGCACGGCUGCCUCCUCCCUGGCACUGGUGUCCCUGCCUGAGGAUAGCAGUUGCAGGUGGACAGCCACCCCCCAGGACAGUGGCUGCCCUAUCCCUAGGGCAGACAGAUUGUACCACUGGAAGCCAGGAAGUGAGAGAAAAGGGGGUGAGCGCAGGAUAAAGGUGGGGGAACCUAAUAGUGAUACGUGAUAUGGCUGCUUCCUCUUCUUUUCCAGGCCCUGGAGAGAGGCCCUCUCCCUGAGGGUUGGGGGAAGGCAGGGAAAUCACAUGUGACGCCAUCUCUCAUAAACCCUUCAGUUGGCCUCUCCUUUUUAGCCAAAGGCAGUUGCAGCCACUCUUCCUCCUCUACUUCUUUCUCUUUGUUUCUGUCCCCUUCCUGGGGCCAUUGGUCCUGUUUCUGGAUCCUAUAUGGCUUCCUGGAAAUCUUCCCCAGUCCUCCUUCCCCCUCCCUUUUCCUCCACAUCCUUGUAUAGCAUGUGUUCCUCCAGAGCAGACCAUUCACCUGGAGGGGUGGAGAAACUGGGGUAAUCUCAGGAUUGGCCUGACUUAUCUGCUGGUGAUAGCCAGAAUCAGAAAGCGGGGGCACCAGCAUAUCACAGAUGCCAAGGAUGUGACAUAGUGACCACACCCACUUCCUAGUUGCCCCUUGAGGACAGGAUAGUCUUGCCUACCAGGUGCUAAAAUAGGGCACAAUCCCAGAGAGCCUGCAUGUCAGAGUCCCCACAUGCAGCUGGAGGCAUGGCACUGUUGAACUGGGGUACAGCCACGAGGCAGAGAGGGAGCCCUGAGUCAUACCAUGGGGUGGGGACCCUGAGGAGCCCCAGGGGGCGGGGCCCAAGCUGAUAACGGCCUUUGGAACAGGAAUGGGACUGGACCUCCUUUAUGAUAUUUGCUGAUAGCAUAUUUGACAGUUCUCUUGUACUUAGUGAAAGGAAGAGGGGAUGGCUCAAAGAGGGAGGAGCUCUUGUGUUUAUGGCUGUAAGUUCUGGCACCAAGGGGUAGAGCAAGUUUGUGCAGAGGUUGGGGUGAUGACAGGGAUCGAUGCCCAGAGCUGGCUCUUCACUGGUCUCUCUUCUUUCUCUAGCUCCUGCCCUAGAUACAUGAUAUAUCUGUCACCAGCUCUUUCAGAUCAAGCUGUAGGGCUCCGAGGUCAGGGCAGGGCACUGGAACUAGGACAGCUCCCCUCAGAGUCUCCUAUCCAGUCACUCACCACCAGCAUGGUCUUAGUGCUUAUGGGCUUAUGAGAAUGGGGGGUAUGGAACUUGGGGAGCUAACCCCCAAGCCUUGGAAAGUAAGAGUUUCUGGGCUGGCAUUCACAAGAAGGGUGGGCUUACACUUCUAGGCACCCCCUCUGAAAUCACCUUCCAGCCCAUUGGUCUCCUGAGUCUUCAGCCUUCCUUUUCUUUUGCCCCACCCUUGCUGACCUGUCUCUGAUCUCUUACUUGUCUAUUUGCUUCUAAGGGGUCUCUCUGGAGAGUAAGGUUGGGGCUGGUCUGAAGGGAAAAAAUGACUUCAAUGCCCCUGAGUGCCCCUUUGCAUUCUUUUAAGUGCUCCCUCUUCCUCCCUAGAUAUCCAGAACCCGCCUAUUACCCAGGACCCUUUCCGUUAGGAGUAAAUGAACUAGCCUUCUUCUUACUAGUCUCCCAGUCUCAUGGCCACUACCUAGACUGUUACAUACCCUGUUCCUCAUCUGCACUCUCUCCCUUUUAUUCCUAUGACUACAGCCUCCUUGCCUAUCAUCUCUCCUACCCACGAGUCCCACCCAGUAAAGCUGCUGUCUCCAUCACAACUGACCCAACCUCUUCCAUAUCUCCAGUCCACUUAACUCCUUUAUGCUUAAUCAGGACUAACUGCCCAGACUUUGUGGUCUCCUACUUUAGGGCUGCCUUCUCUCACACUCUAACUUUAGUUAAAAUGCCUUGACUUUCACCGGGGACCAAUCUUUUCCUCUCUCCUAGUACUGGAAAAGAUUGCAGAUGAAGCCAGAGCACAAGACUUGCUUGACCCACUGAAACUUCAUGUCUUGGAACUUCAUCUAAGCCCCCGUUCCUCUUAGCUUGCUGAGUUCCUAGUGAAAUUCCAGAGCAUCUGUUUCCUGUGUUUUCCACCUUCUCAAGGCCCCAACUUCAUCCUGCCCUAUGACCCCUUAAGAGUUACCUUGCCUCCUGCAAAAAUGAGAUGAUCUAAUACCUCAACUUCUCUCUGCUUCAUUCACGAUAACUCUACUUCUAUAUCCGCCUUGUCUUUCUCCCUUUCUUCCCUGCAGUCCCAGAAUAACAGGUGGCCCUCUUUCUUGUUCCUUUGUUUAUCCCUCUUCAUCAUUUUUAGUCUCUUCCAUAACUGAUUUCAUCUCAUCUUUAAAAAAAAAACCCCACAACAAAAACCAACCAAACAAAAAUAAAGUGUUACCACUGUUACCUUGACCCUGCUAUCUCUUCUAGCUGCCAUUCUAUUCAUCUUAUUCAUUUCACUGUCAAAUUUCUAGAAAGAGUACCGUAAACCCCAUUUCCUCACCACAGAGUCACCCUUAACUCUCUGAAUCUGAUUUCCUUCCUACACUUUUCUGUACCUAGAAGAACACAAAUUACCUCAUAAAUAAGAUCUUUAAUAAUCUUUUCUCUACCUUCAUCUUCUUUGACUUCUCUACUUCACUUCACCCUGUUGCACAUCCUCUUUAAAAAUUUUUAUAAAAACAACAUUAAAAAAUUCCACUAUGACAACAUCAAAGGAAAUUUUGAAAGAAAAUAUACAUCUAUACUUCCAAACCCUAGACAAUUGUUUUCAUUUUUCCAUGUUCCGUGCUUUUUCAAUUUGUAUAAUAUAUAUUUUUUACAUGUCUAAUUAUAAUGUAUGUAUAUUUUUAAAUUCUGCUUUUAAAAAACUUUUUAUUGUAAAUAGUCUCCUUGUGUUACAGCCUUUGAUAUUUAUCAUUUCAGUGGCCACAUAAGAUUACAUCCCUCAGUAGAUUAUAUUUUAUUUGACUAUUCCUCUAUUAUUGGGCAUUUAGACAACUCUCAAUUUUUCUGUGCUUUG